GAUCAUCCGCACCGGAUUAUUUCCUUUCUCAUUUUCGUCGCUUUUGUUUCCUAACCCAUCGUCCUUUUUUGCGUGCUUCUCCCUCUUAUCUCUGUUUUCUUCCCCUUUUUCUCAAAUACCCACCCGCCUUGGUUUUAGACUGUGAGGGAUUUGCCAGGUGGGGCUGCUAUUGGAUUUUGCUUUGGCGGGGAUUUUGGCUUUCCUGGAUUCCUUCUUAUACACUGAUUAUUCUUCUCCCAUUUGCUUUCUGGGUUUUGUCUCUCAGGUUUUUCAAUUCGAAUUAUUUCGUCAGAAUCUCUAUUCAGAUUUGAAUAUCUUGGAGACACUGCAUGAAGGGGUUUUCAUUUUCUCCGUGUUUCCAAAUUUUCGAAGAUUUUCUUGCAAAAUGGGAGACUCUGCUUUCAAUUUGGACACUGGCUACGUGAGCCCAUUGGAUCUCUCCACUGAUGUUGAUCCUUUGUAAGUGAUUUUAGGAGCUCAAAACAUCUUUAGAUGGAGGUGUUUUCUAAUUGCAAGCUGUCAAACUUCUUCGGCACCACUUUUAAGUCAAUAACUUGCAAAUGUAUGUUCCUGGCGGUUGCUGUUUUGAUUCUUAGAGCUCUUUUGCUUCCUCCAGCCCCUGCCUUCGGUGGGAUUGAAUGGACUGAUCUUGUUUAUAUCCCUACCCUUUCUUUGUCAUCGAGUUCUGCAUCUGGGAUCAGGCAAGAUAAGUUUUUGGAGGUCCCUCAGAUUGUAUGGGGAUUAAACAACCAGAAGAUAGCAUUUGCAAGGGCUUGUCUUACUGCCAGAAUGCUCAAUCGAACUCUAUUGAUGCCUAGCCUUAGCGCCUCCUUGUUUUACAAAGAAAUUGACCUUCUACAACCCAUUUCCUUUGACAAGGUUUUCCAAUUUGAGAAGUUUAAUUCACUCUGUAGUGGGUUUGUAAGGUUGGGUCGCUACUCUGAUCUUCUAAACCAAACCCAAGUGCUUGAAAUGCAAAAGGGAAGUGGAAGGAAGUGGACAUUGGAGAGGGACAUGGAUCAAUUGAUACAAUAUAGCAGAGACCCGUUUGAUCAACACGAGGUAAUUCGAAUUGUGGGAAAAAACCCUUUCCUGUGGCAUGAUCAUUGGCCAGUGAAGGAUUAUGCAAGUGUUUUUGAGUGCUUGGUUUGGGUAGAUGAGAUUGCAAAGGAGGCAGAUAGGGUUGUGUCGAAGAUCAAAACAAUUGGAAAAGAAGUGAGAGGUGAAACUGAUAGCUCUUUGUUAAAGCCUCUGCCAUAUAUAGCUGUCCACAUGAGGAUAGAGAUAGAUUGGAUGAUUCACUGUAAAAAAGUAGAGCAAAGAUUAAACACGAAUCAAAUCUGCAGUAGCAAGAUAGAGAUUAUGGACAGAGUUGGGAAUCUCAGGAACACUGCGGACCUCGAGACUCCAGUUGUUGUUUAUCUUGCAGUGGCUGAUAAGCUUCUUAACGAUUCAUCCCUACUGGAAGGUUGGGGAGAAGGAUUUCUUCCUUAUGAGAAGAAGAAACUUGGGGUUGAUGGAAUUUACAGCAAGUAUCCGUAUCUGAUUCAGUCUGCAAUUGACUAUGAAGUUUGCUCAAGGGCUGAUAUCUUUGUGGGGAACAGUUUCACAUUUUCAAGCCUGAUUGUGCUGGAAAGAACACAGAAGAUUAGAAUGGGUGCGUCUAGCAGUGGUAUGUGUAAAACUGAUCUAAGAUGGCCUUCUUAUGCCUAUAAUAUAGCUGGAGAAUCAAGUGGUCCAAUGAAAUGGAUCACUAAUAUGUCUGAUGCAAGUCUUCAAGCUGUGAGCUAUGGCACCAGUCACUUAUCUUGUUGACAUGUACUAUGUCUCUGCAACUUCAAAAUGUAGAGUAGAUUAGCAAAGAAAAAGAAAAAGGUAGAAAGGAUUUUUUUUUUUGUUCUUUUGUUUAUAUUUAUUCUUCCCUUGUAUUCCCUUUUGGAAGGGGGUCGUAUGACUUGGGAGGUUGAGGAACUAGUGCAUCUUUUCUUCUUGCUGAGUCCUUUUUCUUUGGUGCGGAAAAAUAAAUCAAAUAUUUUGUAUGCAUGUUGAAAUCAAUGUUUCACUUUUGUAAUAA